UGGGUCUCCAUUUGCUUGUUUUUCUUGGGAGCUUUACUGGAAACAAAAUGUGAUUGCGUACUAGCUGCGGAGGGGAAGUUGGCGAGAACUCACAGCUUUCUGUUUGGUCUGUCUGAAGCAGCUGACCUUUUGGAAGGAAAUCGCUGCUCUUUGCUUCUUCCUGUAACAUCGCAGCCAGUGAGCAGUGAACGAGUGUAUACAGAGCUCUGCCUCUAGCCUGGCUGCCCAAGCCCAAGCCAUUAGAAGCAGGAGCCCCUGCACAGCGCCUGGUCACGGAGCUGAGCUGCGUUUAGAUGUGUUAGCUGCUGCGUGGUGAAGGAAGAUCCGUCUCUAGAAAAGCAAUUUAGGCAAAAGGGAUUCCGUUUGAUGGCAGAGUCCCAGUGCUAGAAAGGUAGCGAAGGUGGACAGCUUACAGUCUCAACUCAUUUCGUCGUAAAUGUCCUCGUAACGACAUUGAUUCUUCUACCUGGAUAACCUUUUGUUUGUUCGUUUGUUUGUUUUUUGUUUUGUUUUUUUCCCCCUGUAACCAUUUUUUUUUCUGGCAAGAAAACAUUUUAAUUUUCUAAGCAAGAAGCAUUUUUCAAAUACCAUGUCUGUGACCCAAAGUAAAAAUGGAUGAUAAUUCAUGUAAAUGUGUGCAACAUAGCAACCUGAACCUGCACGCGAUUCGGGCUCUGUAGGUUGUGAACCAUGGCUAUGUGGAUACAGGCUCAGCAGCUCCAGGGCGAUGCCCUUCACCAGAUGCAGGCCUUGUACGGCCAGCAUUUCCCCAUCGAGGUGCGACAUUAUUUAUCACAGUGGAUCGAAAGCCAAGCCUGGGACUCAAUAGAUCUUGAUAAUCCACAGGAGAACAUUAAGGCCACCCAGCUCCUGGAGGGCCUGGUGCAGGAGCUGCAGAAGAAAGCGGAGCACCAGGUGGGGGAAGAUGGGUUUUUGCUGAAGAUCAAGCUGGGGCACUAUGCCACACAGCUCCAGAGCACGUACGACCGCUGCCCCAUGGAGCUGGUUCGCUGUAUCCGGCACAUACUGUACAACGAACAGAGACUGGUUCGCGAAGCCAACAACGGCAGCUCUCCAGCUGGAAGUCUUGCUGACGCCAUGUCCCAGAAGCACCUUCAGAUCAACCAAACGUUUGAGGAGCUGCGCCUGAUCACACAGGACACGGAGAACGAGCUGAAGAAGCUGCAGCAGACCCAAGAGUACUUCAUCAUCCAGUACCAGGAGAGCCUGCGGAUCCAAGCUCAGUUUGCCCAGCUGGGACAGCUGAACCCCCAGGAGCGCAUGAGCAGGGAGACGGCCCUCCAGCAGAAGCAAGUGUCCCUGGAGACCUGGCUGCAGCGAGAGGCACAGACACUGCAGCAGUACCGAGUGGAGCUGGCUGAGAAGCACCAGAAGACCCUGCAGCUGCUGCGGAAGCAGCAGACCAUCAUCCUGGACGACGAGCUGAUCCAGUGGAAGCGGAGACAGCAGCUGGCCGGGAACGGGGGUCCCCCCGAGGGCAGCCUGGACGUGCUGCAGUCCUGGUGUGAGAAGCUGGCCGAGAUCAUCUGGCAGAAUCGUCAGCAGAUCCGCAGGGCUGAGCACCUAUGCCAGCAGCUGCCCAUCCCAGGCCCUGUGGAGGAGAUGCUGGCUGAGGUCAACGCCACCAUCACGGACAUCAUCUCAGCCCUGGUCACCAGCACAUUCAUCAUCGAGAAGCAGCCUCCUCAGGUCCUGAAGACCCAGACCAAGUUUGCGGCCACCGUGCGCCUGCUGGUGGGGGGGAAGCUGAAUGUGCAUAUGAACCCCCCGCAGGUGAAGGCGACCAUCAUCAGCGAGCAGCAGGCCAAGUCCCUGCUCAAGAAUGAGAACACCCGCAAUGAUUACAGCGGCGAGAUCCUGAACAACUGUUGUGUCAUGGAGUACCACCAGGCCACAGGCACGCUCAGCGCCCACUUCAGAAACAUGUCCCUGAAACGAAUCAAGAGGUCUGACCGCCGUGGUGCAGAGUCAGUAACGGAAGAGAAGUUCACAAUCCUGUUUGACUCACAGUUCAGCGUCGGUGGAAACGAGCUGGUCUUUCAAGUCAAGACCUUGUCGCUCCCGGUGGUGGUGAUUGUUCACGGCAGCCAGGACAACAAUGCCACAGCCACUGUCCUCUGGGACAACGCCUUUGCAGAGCCUGGCAGGGUGCCAUUUGCCGUGCCUGACAAGGUGCUGUGGCCGCAGCUGUGUGAAGCGCUCAACAUGAAAUUCAAGGCUGAAGUACAGAGCAACCGGGGCUUGACCAAGGAGAACCUCGUGUUCCUGGCACAGAAACUGUUCAACAUCAGCAGCAACCACCUCGAGGACUACAACAGCAUGUCCGUGUCCUGGUCCCAGUUCAACCGGGAGAAUUUGCCAGGACGGAAUUACACUUUCUGGCAGUGGUUUGACGGCGUGAUGGAAGUAUUGAAAAAACAUCUCAAGCCUCACUGGAAUGAUGGGGCUAUCCUGGGUUUCGUGAACAAGCAACAGGCCCACGACCUGCUCAUCAACAAGCCGGACGGGACCUUCCUGCUGCGUUUCAGCGACUCAGAAAUCGGGGGCAUCACCAUUGCUUGGAAGUUUGACUCUCAGGAGAGAAUGUUUUGGAAUCUGAUGCCUUUUACCACUAGAGACUUCUCUAUCCGGUCCCUCGCUGACCGCCUGGGGGACCUGAAUUACCUCAUAUAUGUGUUUCCUGAUCGGCCAAAGGAUGAAGUAUAUUCUAAGUACUACACACCGGUCCCGUGUGAGCCCGCAACUGCAAAAGCAGCUGAUGGAUACGUGAAGCCACAGAUCAAGCAGGUGGUACCCGAGUUUGCAAAUGCAUCCACAGAUGCUGGGGGUGGCGCCACCUACAUGGAUCAGGCUCCUUCCCCAGUCGUGUGCCCUCAGGCUCACUACAACAUGUACCCACCCAACCCGGACUCCGUCCUUGACACCGAUGGGGACUUUGAUCUGGAAGACACGAUGGACGUGGCGCGGCGCGUGGAAGAGCUCUUAGGCCGGCCCAUGGACAGUCAGUGGAUCCCUCACGCACAGUCAUGACCAGACCUCACCACCUGCAGCUUCGUCGUCCUCGUGGAGGAACUUCCUGUGGAUGUUUUAAUUCCAUGAAUCGCUUCUCUUUGGAAACAAUACUCGUAAUGUGAAGUGUUAAUACUAGUUGUGACUUUAGUGUCUCUGUGCAUAGUGGCACUAGUGAAGGGAGUGCGCGUGAGUGUGAGUGCAUUUGCACGUCGUGUUUUUUUCCCCCCCUGCCCCUGCUGUCCAGUCUAAGCCGCCACGCCAGGGCAGCGGCUGUGCUUGUUUUUACCAUGUGCAAAAAGGCAGUUGGUUCCCUGAACCCUGGAACCUGGCCAUGUGUCUUCAGGGUGGCUGACCCUUGACACGUGAUUGUCCAAGUAAGAAAAGGACAGAGGAAAAAGCACCCUCUCACUGGGGAGCCUCUGUUCCUCUGCCAGGUAGUCCAUAGUCCAAGCAAGUCAUUGUCUCCGUCUGUCUUCUGAGAUGUAGAUGACUGUCUGAUGAUGAAAGCCAGUACCUCCCGUGUCCCCUGUCCCCUUUGCAUAAGGGACGGAAAAGGGAGCUGAAUCCAGGGUGAUGGGGCAAGGGUGGUCACAGGUUUUUGGAUGGGGAGUGGCUGUUUCCGUUUCUGCCACUUCUGCCAUCUUAACACUGGCUCCUUCCCUCUCUGCUCAAUCAGUCUCUAUUUCUAGAACUGCCACUCAGCUUACGUGCGUGUAUUCAAGUGGAGAUGUUUAACAAAAUAGUGGAGAGGAAGCCAGGCAACCCAGCUCUGAGCGUACAGGUUCAGGUGAUGCCCUGUGCUCCUUCUGCCAGGGCGGUGCGGUGUGCCCAAGUCCUGGCUCCAGACGCUGGGCGUGGCCUGUCUGCGCCAGCCUCCCCAACUCUGUGCUGUGGCCAGGCCGCGCCUGCGCUAUCCAAGGCUUUUCUCCAAGCGUGUUGAUAAUGGCUUUCUGCAAACGUCCGGUGGUGUUUUUUGUUUCUAAAUCAGGUCCUUUUUUUUAAUGUUUUUCCCAUUUGCACCCUAAUUUGACAUCAAAUUUCUCCCUUCCUGUAUCAGGUCCUGGGUCCUCUGUACCCAGAUCACUUCAUCUCCCUUCAGUGUCACAUAGUGCCCUGAGGAUUAGGUGGUAGGAAUGGGACCUGCACACGGGGACAGCCUGCCAAGCAGGCAGCCAGCACUGUGCAGUGCUGGGUGCCGGGUGCUGUUGGGGAUUGGGGAAAUGCAGUCAGUCAGCGGGGUUUCCUAGGAAGCUUGGAAAACUAAAAGCAAAGCGAAAGCCUCAGGGUGAUUUGUUCCACAGUCUCCUCUGUAGUGUCUCCAGAAGGAAGGAAGGGGCUGCAGUGGACCGUCAGGGAGAGGGGCAAGCAGAGAGCGGUUGCCACUCAGGCUUGCUGAGAGCCCUCCUUGGCUUCCUCUCCCAAACAAGGGCAGAACCGUGCCCAGGAGAGGAGCCCCCAAAACCUUAUUUUUAUACAUGCAAGUAAAUAAACAUAUUUUUUUUACAAAAAUAACUUCUGAAUUUAUCAGUGUUUUACUGUUAGAAGAAAAUACUCCUGUGUAGUAAAUUAUUUAUUAUUGGGGGACGAGUUUUCAAAAGCUGCUGUUUGCCUUGCCUUGGUUUUGUACACUGAUUUUUUUCUAUGCCUGGUGGUAGCCUCUCUGCCUCAGGUGCUGGCCGGAUGGAGGAGGUGUGAGGCCCCUCCCUGGCCCCUCAGAAGAAAGCUGGAACUGCCAGGGAAGUCCAGGCUUAAGGGACUCGUCCCCACCUGUCAUGCGACUGUCCCAGUAACCCUCAUGAGGGUGUGGACUCGACAAAUAUCUAGAUAUAUGGUGGACAUGGCCCCAAGGCAUGGGGAGAGUAGAGCAGCCUGGGUCCCCUCCGGAAGGUUCUAAGCUGACUCUCAAGUUAGGUUGGAGAAAAGGUUGCCAAAGAAGCGAGGCUUCCACAUAGUUUUUAAGCUACCCUGGAUUUACUGAGGGUGAACCUGGACAUGGGAGAGGUUUUUAACUGGAAAGUGUGUCCCCUAUCCGCAUGCUGGUCUCUCUGCCCAACUCUUGCACCCAAAAAUGAGGUGAGGGCAGGUCUCCACCCACCUCUUGCCUGCUCACAGACCCACGAGUGAGUCGGGAAAGCCUCAGCUUUGGGGUGUGGCCUGGGGGGGGGGGCUUUGUAGAGGUGGAAGGAGAUUUGAAGUGGCUAUCUCCUACAACGAAAAUAUUCUUUUAUAAUUUUUCUUUUUAACGUUUUAUUUCAGAUACAUAUUUUAGUGUUGAGGCAGAUUAGUAUAUAGCCACCAAAAAAGUAUUGUGUAUAAAUUGAGGCAGCCAUAAAAUUGUGUAUUUUAUGUUACAAUAAAGGCGUCUCCUUGAAGGACAA